AUGACGACAAGCCUCAAACUGUCUGGAUUGGAUCAUUCUACAACAACAAACCCGAUGUUCACCUUAAUAAACACGACGUGUCCGUAUGCUAAGUGGGUCCAGACUGCCAGGAAGUUAUGCCCUGACCCAAAUAAAUAUCACUGUUUGAACGAUGAAUUUGGUCGACCUGGGUGGCUAUGCGCUGAUCCAAUAUGGGUGGAAGGCGGACGAUGUCCAGAAUUUAAUACCAUCGCAAAGAAAUUGGAUACAGUUUCAUGUGAGGGAGAAAACUGUCCAGACACAGUUUUUCAGUCGUCAUUUGUUCAUUUAUAUUUGAGUUGUAGAGGAGAAGGAGUUGAAAAGACAACAUCUUCAAACUUUGACCUUACAACUGAAGCCGUUCCGUUAGAUAGUCCUGCAUCUAUAGGAAUUACAGUCGGUAUCAUCGCUGGAGUAGUUUUAAUCGCCAUUGCUGUUGUUGCUCUGUGUCAUCUUUUAAGAAGGAGACGACAAAACAAAAAAGACUCAGAAGCAGGUUUAGCAAUGUUAGCUACGCCUGAACCAAACGAUGGAAGGUCAUAUUCUCGCGCACAAAGAGCACUUCGCACGGAGAGAUUUGUCGUCAUAACGGGAAUACAAGGAUCCGGGAAAACAUUUCUAGCUAAGCGACUUUGCAACGAAUGGUUUCAAGAAGAAAAGUGUAUUUGGAUAACUGACCCGCAACAUUUUCAAAUUCUUUUAGAUUUCAAUAGUGUUUUUGUUCUUGAUGAUUUAUUCCAUGAACUACAGUCAGAGGACCAAGUGAGAGAAAUGAAGGCAAAUAUCGAUAAAUUGUAUGAAAAUGUCGUUGUCAAACGUAAUGGGAAAAUAAUUCUAACAGUUACAAGCUUAAUUCUUAGAAGACUUGUAUCUGUUUUUGAGGAAAGGAAGUAUAAAAAUAUAAUUGAUCUCGAUGAACUGUCUAAAGAGGAUCGAGAAGAUAUAUUACAAUUCCAUACGAAACUAAAUAAAAUGUUAGAUGAUACUUCAAAAAUAGAUGAUACUUCUAAAAGUCAAAACUCAUCAACUGUCAUCAGAGAUACUGAUUUUCAACGGAUGAUUGAAUAUAACUCUGAAGGAACUUUUGAUUAUCUUGUCGAAAAAAGGGGAAUGGGGUAUUCAGCAGCUAUGGCUUUGUGCUGUAUGUUUAAUACAGACAAUCAGAAAGAAUUCGAUGCAAAAUGUGGAAGGUAUGUGAAAUCUCCUGUCGCGUGGUUGCGACAAGAUCUGAAAGAAAUGUUCAACGAAAAUAACAUUGAAAGGAAAAGAGAAGCAAUUGCUCUCUCUUUACUUGCUCUCCAUGGUGGUCAAUUUAAGUUAAGUGACUUGAACACGGCAUUGAUGGAUAAACUAAUGGAACUUGAAAAUGUUAAACAUGAGGAGGAAGGCUUUUUAAUUCAAGCCUUUAAUAACCAAAAAAGGAAAUACGUCUAUGAAAAUGAUGGUGUAUAUUCCUUUCAAGUACCAGUUGUCAUGAAAUUCUUAUUCAGAAUUAUUUGUGAAAGGCAUACGGAACUUUUAGAGUUUUGUGAAAAAGAUUUGUGUAAACGACGAGUUUGUUUUUCCUCAUUAUUUCCAACUGAUAUCAAAGGAGAUUAUGCAAAAUCAUUUGUAAGCCUAUCGUAUAUGAAAAUGCUUGAAAUUGAUGAUUGGUUUAGCAAGGAGAACCUGGCUAGUUAAUGUCUUUCCACCUUGUAUCAGUUAUAUUGUUUUCUCCCCACCGUUCGUCACACUUUCUUAUUGUAGCAUUGCUUGUCUCUGAUAUUUGACAUAGAGCCUCAUAAUUCUUGUUGUAUAUGAUUAAUCAUAUCUUUAAACUGUGCAAUACAGUACUGACAUUAUGAUUAUGGUCGCCGAAGCAAAAUAAUGUGUUGCUAAAAAAUUGUUUUUCGAAAACUGAAACUCUUUAAUUCCCACUAGAGUUGGUUAUUUUGUAUUACUGGUCAUGUUAUAUUGAUGUACAAUAUAGUUUCAGAAAAUUGAUCAUUGUUCUAAGGCUUCGCAGGGGUACAUGUAAAAGAUUGUUGUCCAUUAAUAAUAUAAAUUGUAAUGUCAAUGUGCAUAUGUGCAAUAAGAUUUUGGAUGCUGCAAGUACCCACAUACCAGAAGUUUAUCAGGUUAAAUUCGUUUUGUACGUCUAGUCUCAUGUAAUUUAAGUUCUAGAUGGCCAAUAUUUUCUGUAUCAGAUAUCAAAACAACUUUUUAAGGCGAUUCAUUUCCUCAAAUAUAGAAUACCUACAUUCACCACAAUUUCAUGGAUGCUACAUGUACAAUACUGUAGCUUUUUUUGGUCAUAUUUUACACGCUGCAUAUGACCUUUACUUUUGAUUGGGUGAAUAGAAUUUUUAAAGUACUUUCAGUCAAUUCUUCUCUGUUAAGCGAUCGAGUACAAAGAUUAUUGGACACAUGUAAUGCCAGUAACGAUGCAUGUUAAUAUUUCUUGAUUUCGGAAAUGCUACAUUUAAUAUACAUUUACCGAAUAAAUGAUCAGUUCAAGCGACAAAAGAAUGUUAAUUUACACAAAGAAUGUUUCCCUAGGGCAUUUCAAACCUGAACUCAAGUUAAGCUGAUUCCUUUAGAGAACAAAAUUGUCAAAACAUGUAUUGUGCUAUUACAAAUAAAAUGAAUACAAAACACA